ACAGAAAGAAACCGGGAGCGCGAAGUGGCAGUGGCGGCGAAGCUGAUGGGCGACGAGGCAGACGCCUCACAGACUCACAGUUCUUUGAGCCUUUGAGGAUCGUCCCACUCCCAUCCACGCCGGCCCGCCCCCGCCCCAGACGGAGGAGGACGCUAGGCGCCGACGACGACCCGUGCGGCGCACCAAGCAGUCUGCUCCUCCCCUCCGCCUCGUCCUCCCCGGAGAGCUCGCCAAGCAUUCAGCCUCGUAGGCACCAUGGCCUUUACCAAGUCCACCUCCUCUUAUGUUGCAUCUCAUUGCUCUGGAAGUGCUCGUAGCUUUAUGCUGUUUGCUUGGCUCUCUAUCUAGAAUUUGUCUCAACUCAAAUCCCCAGGGACAAGGGCGCAUCACAUGUGGCGGUGGCCACUAGAGUUGCAGCUAGCGAUGCACUCCAAGUGUUUGUGGGAAUGUCUACUUCAGACUUCAGAAUUUUGACAGUCUAUGACCGAAGGAUAUAUGCCGUUAGGUCUAUUCCUACCUGAAGAAAGAAGCCACGAGCAUCAGGAUAUACUUCCAUCUACUCGUCAUCACAUUGCCUGGGCUUUGCAUUCAAUCUGGCAGGAUGUAUUGUUGCAGCUGGUCAAAAGAUUAUUGUAGGCCUGAUGGAUAAGAAAAUCUUGAUUGGAUGGCUACUAUUGUUGACUGAGAAAUAACUAUUUCUUAGGCGACUGAGAAAUAGACACUCCCUUUCUCAUAUCCAUAAUAAGUGUCUCAGAUUUAGAUCCGUUUUCUCAAUCCAUGAUACAACCAAAUUGGAUGGAGGCGAAUAGUAGAUCAAUAUGAUGAUCAUGAGCUGCCCCAUAAUGACACCGGCAGUAGUCGCGGAUAUCCCCUUCUUCCGUAACCGAAGAUUGGAGAACGAAGAUCAAGAGUGCCCUAUGGGGAAUGUUGUCAGAAAUCCAUAGAAUUAAUUAUCCUCGCCGAGAAACUUAGACUUGGAAAGUUAUCAGAGCACACAGGUCAUCCUGUUGAGAAGAUUCAUGAGGACCUAGACAGGGUGAAGUGCUUUGAUGCUGAAGGAGCCCUUGAAUACGGAACUAUUGACCGUAUUGUUAGGUCUUCUCAGAUCAAGAAAGAGGAAUACACUGGUCAGAAGAAGCAUCAACGGGAUAUGGGACUUGGCUAAGAUGCUAUUGUACGGAUCCAGGGACUUGAGGCCGGCGCUCUCUCUGUUCCUCCCCACGAUAGAGGUAGAAGAGAAGAACAGGGAUUGUGAGAGUAGGAUUAGCGAUGGACCCGGCGUUGCACAAGGCGGCGGUGCAGGGGAGCGUGGCGAGCCUGGCGAAGCUGUUGUCGCAGCGGCCGGACAUCCUCCUCAGCUCCAAGACCCCGCAGGGGAACACGGCGCUGCACCUCGCCGCCGAGCAAGGCCACGCCGGCUUCGCGGAGAGGGUCCUCGCCGAGAGCGAGAAGCUGCUCGUCAUGAAGAACGCCGACGGGGACACCCCGCUGCACCUGGCAGCCCGGGCGGGCAAGGCGGACGCAGCAGAGCUCCUUAUCAGCCGCGCUAGUGCGUGGGCGGCGACGUACUCUGAUCAGGGGCAGGCGGGGGACAAGGGGCCUUCCCCGACGAGCUCCCCGGAGAAAGUCGCGCAGGGCCCCCUGUUCAUGGAAAACAAGCACGGCAACACCCCGCUGCACGAGGCGGUGCUGCACGGCAGGAACGUCGUCGCGCUCAAGCUGCUUGCCGCCGAGCCCAGCCGCGGCCACGCGCUCAACCUGCAGAAGCAGUCGCCGCUCCACAUCGCCGCCCGCGAGGGCCUCGCCGAUGUCGUGGCCAAGAUCGUCGGGCAGCCCUGGGUCCCCGAGCGCUUCGACUCUUCCGACUCCGUCAGCGGCACCGCUCUCCACCAGGCCGUCCUCGGCGGCCACACCCGGGUGGUGGAGAUCUUGCUGCACGCGACGACGGAGGAGCAGGUGGGGCUGCCGGACUCGAGCGAGAACAACGCGCUGCACUACGCGGCGCAGAAGAACAACGCCCGCGUCGUCAAGCUGCUGCUGAACCGCAAGGUGGACCUGGCCUACAAGCGGAACCUGGCCCAGCACUCGCCGCUGCACACGGCGGCGCAGUACGGGUCCACGGAGGCCAUGGCGGAGAUCCUCAAGCGCUGCCCGGACGUGGCGGAGAUGGUGGACAGCUUCGGCCGGAACGCGCUCCACGUAGCCAUCACCAGCGGCAAGGUCGACGCGCUCAAAUCCUUGCUCAAGCACGUGGGCCCCGAGGAGAUCCUCAACCGCGUCGACAACGCCGGCAACACGCCGCUCCACCUCGCCGCCUCCAUGUCCAGGAUCCAGUCGGCUCUGCUGCUGCUCAAGGACCGCCGCGUGAACCCCUGCGUGCUCAACCGGGACGGCCAGACCGCCCGGAGCCUGAUCGAGAAGCGGGCGGCCAUGGAGGAGAUGGACACGUACGAGAUGUACCUGUGGAAGGAGCUCAAGAAGCACGAGGCGAAACGGUGCAAGAAGGAGCAGCUACCCCCCGUGGCCACGUACCAGUCGCUCCGGAGCCGGAGGACGGGCCACGACGAGUACUACGAGCUCAGCGUGGGCACCUACACGCUGGUGGCCACGCUCAUCGCCACCGUCAGCUUCGCCGCCACGUUCACCAUGCCGGGGGGUUACGACCAGACCAAGGGCACGGCGCUGCACGGCCACCGGGGCGGCUUCAAGAUCUUCGUCAUCUCCAACACCGUCGCCAUGUGCAGCUCCAUCGUCGUCGUCUUCUGCUUCAUCUGGGCGUGGCGGGACCCCGUCAAGUUCAAGCUCGACCAGCUCAUGUGGGGACACAGGCUCACCGUCGUCGCCUGCCUCGCCAUGGUCGUCUCGCUCAUGACCGCCGUCUACAUUACCGUCGCGCCCACCGCCAUGUGGCCUGCCUACGUCGUCAUCGCCAUCGGCGCCAGCACUCCGGCUGUCGUCUUCCUCAUCCUCGGGAAGGAGGCAUUGUACGUCCCGCUAUAACUACAGUCUAGUACAAUUAACCAAUUAAGUCCCCUUGCAGGAAGACAAGUUUCCAUUUAUUUUGGCACUCUGUAAUUUAAGAACUCGCUGUUCACCUGCCUCUAAAAUUUCUUUGAUGUUCUAUAGUUGAGCUAGCAAUAUCGGUGUAACUGACAACCACACCUGUUCGGGACAACAAGACUUUCCUUGUUUCUAUCA